AUGGACUCCACCACAGAUUCCGAAAGUAGCUCGACACAGGAUCAUAUACAAACGCCUCUGGACAGCAAAUCGUCAGAUAUUGUCAGCGGUCCAGCAACGCUCAAGAAACUCGACGCUACACCGACCCUCGAGUCUCUGCAGACAGACGAGCAACGUCGUGUACUGGACAUUGUUGCAGACUUGCGCAAGUGUGGACUUGAAAGUGUUCUUUCACUUCCCCAACUCGUCGUUUGCGGCGACCAGUCCUCUGGCAAGAGCUCACUCCUGGAAGCGCUCACUGAGAUUCCCUUCCCCCGCAAUGACAAUCUCUGCACGCGCUACGCAACGGAGAUCAUACUUCGCCGCGCAGCGGUCGAGUCCUUGACGAUCAAAGUCAUCCCUGACUCUAAACGUCCUGUCACGGAGCAGGCGACAAUCAGGGCCUUCAAGGCAUUCAUAACCAGUUUUGACGAACUACCCGCGAUCAUGAACCAAGCCUCUGCCCUUAUGGGCAUUGACGGUGCAUCGGCAUCUGGCCCGAGGACGGGAGCGUUUGCUAGGGACGUCCUGAGUGUGGAGAUAGAGGGUCCAGCAAGGCCACAGCUCACGCUCGUUGAUCUCCCCGGCCUGAUUCAGACCAAGACAAAGGGGGUUAGUGAUGCUGAUAUCGACAUGGUCAAUGAGAUUACCGACCACUACAUUUCGCAACCUCGCACUAUCUGCUUAGCUGUCGUCUCGGCCACGAAUGACUAUGCCAACCAAGGUAUACUGACCAAAGUCCGGAAGGUUGACCCUGACGGAGAGCGGACGCUCGGCGUGAUCACCAAACCCGAUCGCCUGAUACCAGGCUCUGGCCUGGAACAAUCCUUCAUCACUUUGGCUCGAAAUGAAGACGUCUUUUUCAAGCUCGGUUGGCAUGUCAUCAAGAACAGAAGUUUUGAAGAAGCAGACAACUCUUUUCUAGAGCGCAAUCUCUCCGAGGAUUCAUUCUUUCGGAGAUCAAAUUUCAAAACGAUGCCAGAAGAGCACCUUGGUAUCGCGGCCCUGCGGGAUCGCCUCAGUUCGGUCCUGUUCAGUCAUGUUAAGCAGGAGCUUCCCAAGCUUCGAGAGGAUCUUCAAACCGCCUUGUCCGACUCGAAGAGCCAAGCAGGUAUCCUUGGCAAACCCAGAACCACCGCAAGUGAUUGUAAAGACUACAUGAUUACACUCAGUCUUGCUUUCUACGAUGUCUGUAAAGCUGCAGUCAAUGGUCACUACCAAGGAAACUACUUCACGCAGAAUCCAGAUGCGACCUUUUCUGUCACAUCCCCUGCUUCUAUCCGCAGACUUCGGGCUGUGGUACAGGUGAUGAACACCACUUUUUCAGAUACUGUCCGCACCAAGGGUCACAAAUAUCACAUCAACAAAUCUUCCAGCGCAUCAAAGACUGAGCCUACGCCGCCAGGCACGGAGGACGUCGACCCAUAUAAUCCAUUACGAAGAAAUCUACCAGUCGCACUAUCCAAGUCCGAAGCGCUAGAUUGGGUGCAGAACGUGGUGCUUAGAUCACGGGGCCCUGAGCUUCUGGGCAACUUCAACCCACUGGCCAUUGGCGAACUAUUCUGGGAGCAGUCUGCAAGAUGGAAGCAAUUGGCUCUCGAUCAUAUCGACAAUGUGUCAAUGGUCUGUGGUCGGUUCCUUGAUGCUCUUCUCAAAGACCAGUCUCCAAAAGAUAUGCAACCCCGCGUAUGGUCGGUCAUGAUUCAAGAGGUGCUCGCAACUAGAAAGGAUGCAUCGAUUCGUGAGCUCGACCAGAUAUGGGACGAUUUGCGACAUUUCCCGAUCAAUUACAAUCACUACUAUACUGACAUGGUGAAGAAGCAGCAGAUGGAGAGAUCCAAAGGUAGCCUUUCGGAAGCAAUCAAGGCCGCGACUUCUCAUACGCGUUUGCCCAAUUGUAACUCCGACCACACUACCGCAAGUGUUGAUGUCGACCUUGCCUUCUUGAAAUAUUCAGAAGACAUCGAUCCUGAUAUGAAUCAAGGUUCUUGUGAGGAUGUCCUAGACUGUCUCCUUGCCAUCUACAAGGUGCAACAGAAAACCUUCAUUGCAAAUGUGACCACUCAAGUCAUCGAGCGUCACAUUGUCCGUGACCUGGAGGGUAUAUUCUGUCCAGUGUCCGUUCACCUCUUGUCCGAGGCGGAGCUUCUAGGUCUUGCGUCUGAGCCAAUGUCGACACGAACACAGAGGAGCUUUCUGGAGGAUAGGAUCAAGAAGCUUGAAGGUGGUCAUGCCAUACUAAGAAGUGUACUGGCAAGCUCUGUUCUUUGA